AGUGUGUAAAAACUCCUGUUGACCGAGGGGCUGACUGACAGACUGACAGAAGACACGUCACCCACCAGCAAACUUCCCAAAUUCCAUCUACUAACUUACAACUCGCGAGAUCUGAGAGGAGGAAGGCCGGGGGAGCCCGAUGCCUGGCCCCGCCUCUCCACACCUGAGGUGGGCUACGGGACAGCCGGCAGAGAUGUGAUGUCACGUGGACUCUCCUCACGUGACCGAUCGCCAAAGUCCAGCAUGGCGGCCUCCAUAGGUCGUUGGCAUCACGCUUUCCUGGUGCUUUUGAGCUGGCUCCUGGCGGCGCCCCAGAGUCUUGGGUUGAAUACAGGGGAUUCCCUGAAUGAUGACUUGUUGCUUCCCUACUCCGGGAUUCGGACGCGCCUUCCUCGGGACUGCCGGCCAGUCCGAAACGGGACCCGUCCUCAUGAGAGCUGGCCACCGCCUGCCACGGUUCGCCCCAAUCCGGGGCCCAUAGUCCGUCACUUUGUCUCCUACUUCCCGGAUUCUAGAAACGGCUCCCACAGGGCAGUGUCUGGCCACCUGACUGUAGCUGUAUCGCCCCUGCAUAGCUUCUCAGUACUAGAGCCCGGGGGACCCGGGGGCUGCGCUGCCAGGAGACUGGUGACAGUAGAGGAGACCGCCAGGGUGGCUGGCUGCAUAGUGGCCCAAAAUGGUGGCUUCUUCCGUAUGGACACAGGAGAAUGCCUAGGGAAUGUAGUGAGCAACGGGGAUCAAGUGAGCAGCUCUGGGGGGCUGCAGAAUGCCCAGUUCGGAAUCCGCCAGGAUGGGACGUUGGUCACAGGGUACCUGUCUGACGAGGAGGUGCUAGACACAAAGAAUCCAUUUGUACAGCUGGUGAGUGGGGUUGUGUGGCUGCUGAGAGAUGGACGUAUCUACAUUAAUGAAAGUGAAGAGACUGAAUGUGACAAGACACAGGAAACAGGCUCAUUUAGCAAGUUUGUGAAUGUGAUAUCAGCUCGGACAGCUGUGGGACAUGACAGAGAGGGCCGACUGGUAAUGUUCCAGGCAGAUGGACAGACCCAGCAACGAGGCAUUAACCUAUGGGAGAUGGCCAGGUUCCUAAUGGAGCAUGGAGUGGUGAAUGCAAUUAACCUGGAUGGUGGAGGUUCAGCCACAUUUGUUGUCAAUGGAACCUUGGCGAAUUACCCAUCGGAUCACUGCAAGGAUGAUAACAUGUGGCGCUGUCCCCGCCGUAUCUCUACAGUCGUAUGUGUGCAUGAGCCACGCUGCAAUCCACCGGACUGCAAUGGUCAUGGGACCUGUGUGCAGGGAAUCUGCCAUUGUACUGGGGACUUCUGGGGGGGAGAUGACUGCAGCAUACUGGACUGUGGCCCCUCCAACUGUAGCCUAAAUGGGCUCUGCACUGAGACUGGAUGCCUCUGUGAUGCUGGAUGGACAGGCAAUACCUGCAGUCAAGCAUGUGCCAAUGGCAGCUUUGGGGUCAGUUGUGCUCAGAAGUGCCAGUGCCAGAAUGGAGCUGCUUGUGACCCUGUUCAUGGGACCUGUACCUGCCCUCCUGGCUUCCAAGGAGAUACCUGUGCUGAGGUGUGUCCUUUAGGUUGGUAUGGCCCAAGUUGCCAGCAUACUUGCACGUGUGAGAGCUCGUGUCCCUGUGACCCCAAGACUGGCAGCUGCAACCUCACCUCCACUGUGCGGGACAUCCUCUCCCAAGUUGGCCAGUGUCUUGCACCUUCCAUGGUACCUAAAAGGAAUGAAGAACACCUCUACUUCACAAAGACAGCCUGGCUGUCUCUCACGUUGGCCCUGGCUCUCUUGCUGUUCUUCAGCGCUGCUGCUAAUGUGACUUUUGUCCUUGGCUCCAGAGCAUCCAGGAGGCGCCUGGAUGGAGAGUAUGCCUACCAUCCAUUGCAGGAAAUGAAUGGGGAACUGCAUUCCUUAGAGAAGGAGCAACAAGGAGACCCGCCCUCAGUAUUAAGGACUCAGAACAAUGAGAAGUGGCCAUUUGUCCUGGAAAUUCAGUUCUGCUUGUGGAUUUUUCCAGGGAGAGCUGGUGUGGAGGAAACCUUGCUGAGACAGAAAAUGAGAACCAUAUGAGGACUGCAUACCAAGAUUUUACUUUGAAGCCCCAUCCUGACCACUCUGCUUGGUCAGAGGAGCUGGGAAACCUGUGCCUCAGUCUCCUAACCUGCCUGCCUG